AUGGAUGAAACGAUCCAACACCACACCACGAGCGAGCGAGUCAGACCCAGGCAGCUGGCACAUGUGAAGCUCUUGGCCAUGCACACAGAGCUGUGCCGCAGGCCGUGCCACGAGCAUUCCAGUUCGGCCAUCGACCUCAUCGAGCCAAGCGAUCCAGGGCCUUUCUCCACACGGCCCUUCAGUCCAAGUGUUUUCGGGUGUUUUUGCAUGUUUUUGCCAACUCAUCAGGUAUUUUUUCUGCUGCCUCCAAGCAGGAGAGGGUGGGAACUGCCGACUCGAGCCAUAGCCAGGCAGCUUCGCCAUAGCCAGGUGCAAGCUGCCGUCCAUGAACUGGGGUUGGGGGCGCUUCCAGGGCCUGAGAAACAUCACGAAUAG